AUGUGGAUCACGGUGGGCUUGGUCUGCUGCUUAGUUUUUGGAGGAUUGCCUUCGGCUCACUGCACUUGCCCUUCCCAAUGUAGCUGCACCUUCUAUAGUAUCAAUGAAGGAACAAAAGCAAGAACUGUGCUGUGCAAUGACCCAGAGAUGACGCUCACCCCUGUGAACAUCCCAGGUGAUACAUCUAAACUUCGAAUAGAAAAGACGGCCAUCAGGAGAGUGCCAGGAGAAGCUUUCCAUUCUCUCCAUAACCUGGAAUACCUCUGGAUGCCCUACAAUUCUUUGGCUAGUGUCAGUGUGAUUACCUUUAGGGGUCUCCGCCGGUUACAGGAAUUGAGACUGGACGGGAAUGAUUUAAUCUUAUUUCCAUGGGAAGUUCUUGCAGACAUGCCCCAGCUCCAGCUGCUGGAUUUACGCAAUAAUGAACUCACUUCAAUACCAGCAGAAGCUGCUCGUUACAUCAAGAACAUCACCUACUUGGAUCUGUCUAGCAAUAAAUUGAUAACUCUUCCUCAAGAGCUUAUUUCAACCUGGGCUAACCUCCAGGCAGUUCCUUACUUCCCCAAUGACAAUUCCAAGAUCAUCUUAGGUUUGCAGGACAAUCCUUGGAUGUGUGACUGCAGUCUGUAUGAAAUGGUGCAUUUCCUAAACUUCCAGUCUCCUAACAUAGCAUUUAUAGAGCCAAGACUGAAAUGCUUUACCCCACGGAGUCUUGCUGGAGUCUUCUUCAGUCAAGUUGAACUAAGAAAAUGUCAAAGCCCUGUUGUACAUACUUCUGUAGCCAAAGUGAAGACCAUCCUGGGUAGCACUGUGUUACUGCGGUGUGGUACUACUGGGGUACCUAUUCCUGAACUCAGCUGGAGACGGGCUGAUGGUAAUCAGCUCAAUGGCACAGUGCACCAAGAAAUUUCGAGUGAUGGAAUGAGCUGGUCUAUUCUAGGCUUGCCUGUAGUCUCCUAUCUGGAUUCUGGAGAGUACAUUUGUAAAGCAAAGAACUUCCUGGGGGCUACAGAGGCUUUCAUAUCCCUCAUCAUCACUGAUUCUGAAGACACUGAUGACCCUAAUGCUAACUCUAAAGGAGUAUGGAAUGGGAAGGUGAGCGGGAUGGAAGCAGCUGCUUACAAUGAUAAACUGGUGGCUAGGUACGUUAUCACAACCUCAACUUCACCUGCAUUAAGUGCCAGACCAGUCCGUGUUAACACAGAAGAGAAUCUAGGGUUCCAGAAUGAGGCACAGAAUAUGGUUAAGGAGCAGAAUAGCAAUCCAAGAAAUCUUCUAUCAAGUCUACUCCCUGAUCAACAGGAGCCAGAACGUAUAGUGAGGUCUGUCAGAGUGAUCGGAGACACGGAUCAAAGUGUCUCAUUGGCCUGGAAAGCUCCUCAGGCAAAGAACACAACCAUAUUCAGUGUCCUCUAUGCCAUUUUUGGAGAAAGGGAAAUGCGCAGAAUCAGUGUGGAGCCAGGUAAGACUAAGAUCACCAUUGACGGGCUGAUGCCAAUGACCAAAUACAUAGUGUGUGUCUGUGUGAAAGGGCUGAUCCCCAGGAAGGAGCAAUGCAUCAUAUUUUCCACAGAUGAAGUUGCCAGUGCCGGUGGAACCCAAAAACUCAUUAAUGUGGUGGUGAUCAGUGUGGCCUGUGUCAUUGCUGUGCCUCUGACCCUAGUGGUCUGCUGUGGGGCAUUGAAAAGGCGCUGCAAAAAAUGCUUAGUGCGGAAACCCAAGGAAGUUCAAGAGUCCUAUGUCACAUUUGAAAGUCUGUCUCCGGGGGCCAAAACUAAAGGAGUGGAAGGAGAAUACUUGACUAGACACACCCCAGAUGAGUCUAACAGGCUUCUGUCUGCACGAUCUAGCAUGGACUCAGAAGCAAUACCAAAGACAGAGGGGCAACCCAAUGAGUACUUUUGCUGA